GCGCAGCGUCACGGCGGCAGGCGGAAGAUGGCGGCGGCGGCGGCGGCGGCGCCUGCGAAGCGGCGCUGCUGAGGGGGCGCGAGGGGGACGGAGGCCGGAGCCGCGGGAGUGUCUGACAGCAGCCAUGGCGAGCACCAGUGGGGACAGUGUCACUCGCCGGAGUGUGGCAUCCCAGUUUUUCACCCAGGAGGAAGGGCCAGGCAUUGAUGGCAUGACCACCUCAGAGAGGGUGGUGGAUCUCCUGAACCAAGCAGCGCUGAUCACCAAUGACUCAAAGAUCACAGUGCUCAAACAGGUCCAGGAGCUGAUCAUUAACAAAGACCCCACGCUGCUGGACAACUUCCUGGAUGAGAUCAUCGCAUUCCAAGCAGACAAGUCGAUCGAAGUGCGAAAAUUUGUCAUUGGCUUCAUCGAGGAGGCAUGCAAGCGAGACAUCGAGUUGCUGCUAAAACUGAUCGCCAACCUCAACAUGCUCCUGCGAGAUGAGAACGUGAACGUGGUGAAGAAGGCCAUCCUCACCAUGACGCAGCUCUACAAGGUGGCCCUGAAGUGGAUGGUGAAGUCCCGGGUGAUCAACGAUCUCCAGGAGGCCUGCUGGGACAUGGUGUCGGCCAUGGCUGGGGACAUCAUUCUGCUCUUAGACUCUGACAACGAUGGCAUCCGCACCCAUGCCAUCAAGUUUGUGGAGGGCCUUAUCGUCACCCUGUCGCCGCGCGUGGCCGACUCAGAGGUACCCCGACGCCAGGAGCAAGACAUCAGCCUGGAACGCAUCCCUCGAGACCACCCCUACAUCCAGUACAAUGUGCUAUGGGAAGAGGGCAAAGCAGCCCUGGAGCAGCUCCUCAAGUUCAUGGUGCACCCAGCCAUCUCCUCCAUCAACCUGACUACGGCUCUGGGCUCCCUCGCCAAUAUCGCCCGCCAGAGACCCAUGUUCAUGUCUGAAGUGAUCCAGGCCUAUGAGACUCUGCACGCCAACCUGCCCCCAACGCUGGCCAAAUCUCAGGUGAGCAGCGUGCGCAAGAACCUGAAGCUGCACUUACUGAGUGUGCUCAAGCACCCGGCCUCCUUGGAAUUCCAGGCCCAGAUCACCACUCUGCUGGUAGACCUGGGCACACCCCAGGCGGAGAUCGCCCGCAACAUGCCGAGUGGCAAGGACGCCCGCAAGCGGCCCCGGGAUGAUGCUGAUUCCACACUCAAGAAGAUGAAGCUGGAGCCCAACCUAGGGGAAGAUGAUGAGGACAAGGACUUGGAGCCUGGCCCGUCAGGGACCUCAAAGGCCUCAGCCCAGAUCUCAGGCCAAUCAGACACAGACAUUACAGCAGAAUUUCUGCAGCCCCUGCUGACGCCCGAUAAUGUGGCUAAUCUGGUCCUCAUCAGCAUGGUGUACCUGCCCGAGACCAUGCCUGCCUCCUUCCAAGCCAUCUACACCCCUGUGGAGUCCGCCGGCACCGAGGCCCAGAUCAAGCACUUGGCUCGCCUCAUGGCCACACAGAUGACAGCUGCAGGGCUGGGUCCAGGUGUGGAGCAGACGAAGCAAUGCAAGGAGGAGCCCAAGGAGGAGAAGGUGGUGAAGCCAGAGAGUGUCCUGAUCAAGAGGCGCCUGUCGGCUCAGGGCCAGGCCAUCUCGGUGGUGGGCUCUCUGAGCUCCAUGUCCACACUGGAGGAGGAGGCACCCCAGGCCAAGAGGCGGCCGGAGCCCAUCAUCCCUGUCACACAGCCCCGGCUGGCAGGUGCUGGUGGGCGCAAGAAGAUAUUUCGUCUGAGCGAUGUGCUGAAGCCCCUGACAGAUGCCCAGGUGGAGGCCAUGAAGCUGGGUGCUGUGAAGCGGAUUCUGCGGGCCGAGAAGGCAGUGGCCUGUAGUGGAGCGGCCCAGGUACGUGUCAAGAUCCUGGCCAGCCUGGUGACGCAGUUUGACUCAGGCCUCAAGGCUGAGGUCCUGUCCUUCAUCCUUGAGGAUGUGCGGGCCCGCCUGGACCUGGCCUUUGCCUGGCUCUACCAGGAGUACAAUGCCUACUUAGCCGCUGGUGCCUCGGGCACACUGGACAAAUACGAGGCCUGCCUACUGCGCCUGCUCUCUGGCCUGCAGGAGAGACCAGACCAGAAGGACGGGAUCUUCACCAAGGUGGUGCUGGAGGCCCCGCUCAUCACCGAGAGCGCCCUGGAGGUCAUUCGCAAGUACUGUGAGGAUGAGAGCCGCACCUACCUGGGCAUGUCCACGCUGCGGGACCUGAUCUGCAAGCGCCCGUCCCGCCAGUUCCAGUACCUGCAUGUCCUCCUGGACCUCAGCUCCCAUGAGAAGGACAAGGUGCGCUCCCAGGCCCUGCUGUUCAUCAAGCGCAUGUACGAGAAGGAGCAGCUGCGCGAGUACGUGGAGAAAUUCGCCCUCAACUACCUGCAGCUUUUGGUUCAUCCCAACCCCCCAUCCGUGCUGUUUGGAGCUGACAAGGACACAGAGGUGGCUGCGCCCUGGACGGAGGAAACAGUGAAGCAGUGUCUGUACCUCUACCUGGCCCUCCUACCUCAGAACCACAAGCUGAUCCACGAGCUGGCGGCCGUGUACACAGAGGCCAUCGCUGACAUCAAGCGCACGGUGCUGAGGGUCAUCGAGCAGCCGAUCCGAGGGAUGGGCAUGAAUUCGCCGGAGCUGCUGCUGCUGGUGGAGAACUGCCCCAAGGGAGCAGAGACGCUGGUCACACGCUGCCUGCACAGCCUCACUGAUAAAGUGCCACCCUCCCCAGAGCUGGUGAAGCGGGUUCGAGACCUCUACCACAAGCGGCUGCCUGAUGUCCGCUUCCUCAUCCCUGUGCUCAAUGGACUGGAGAAGAAAGAGGUGAUCCAGGCCCUGCCCAAGCUCAUCAAGCUCAACCCCAUCGUGGUGAAGGAGGUCUUCAACCGCCUGCUGGGCACCCAGCACGGCGAAGGAAACUCGGCCUUGUCCCCGCUGAACCCCGGAGAGCUCCUGAUUGCGCUGCACAACAUUGACUCUGUGAAGUGUGACAUGAAAUCCAUCAUCAAAGCCACCAACCUGUGCUUUGCGGAGCGGAACGUGUACACGUCGGAGGUGCUGGCUGUGGUAAUGCAGCAGCUGAUGGAGCAGAGCCCGCUGCCCAUGCUGCUCAUGAGGACCGUCAUCCAGUCCCUCACCAUGUACCCCCGCCUGGGGGGCUUCGUCAUGAACAUCCUGUCCCGCCUCAUCAUGAAGCAGCGCCAGCAAGCACACAUCCCCAACUCCAUUAUGACCAUCUUGGAGGCCAGCGGCAAGCAGGAGCCCGACGCCAAGGAGCCUCAGGCCGGGCCCCUGGAGGAGGACGACCUGGAACCUCUGGCUCUGGCCCCGGCCCCGGCCCCCCGGCCCCCCCAGGACCUCAUGGGCCUGCGGCUGGCUCAGGAGAAGGCCCUGAAGAGGCAGCUGGAGGAGGAGCAGAAACUGAAGCCCCCCGCGCCCGCCGCGGCCCCCGCCAGGCCCGGGCCUCCGCCCGCCUCCGAGGAGGCCGUGGACUUCCGGGAGGAGGGGCCCGAGGGCGAGACCCCGGCCAUCUUCAUCAGCAUGGACGACGACUCGGGGCUGACUGAGGCUGCGCUCCUGGACUCCAGCCUCGACGGCUCCCUGCCCAAGGAGGCAGCCCCCGGAGCGCCCGCCUCCAAGGAGGAGCCGCGGAGCCCGCCAAGCCUCGGCCCCGCGGGGGACGAAGCCGCCAAGACCCCCAGCCCGGCCGCGGAGGAGGCGGGGGAGCCUGAGACCCAGGGGAACAGCUGACGGG